AAUAAGCCUGCCUUGUUAACACGUUUCAUUCGUUAUGUGAUUAUGAGUCUGAUUAUGGGAGCUUUAUUUUGGCAGACAAGUACGGAUGAAGCAGGUGCCGGUGUAUUUCCGGGUAUUCUGUUUAUUUCUAUUAUUACGAUUGGUUUGGGUUCUAUGAGUACUUUGCCCGGUAUAUAUGAGACUCGACAAGUAUUCUACAAACAAAAGGAUGCCAAUUUCUUUGACCCACCUCCUUAUAUACUUGCACAAACUGUAGUAGACUUUCCACUUACCUUUUUAGAGUCUUUGAUAUACUCGGCUAUUUUGUAUUUCAUGGCAGGUUUGAAUUCUGCCGAUGGUGGAAGAAAGUUUGGCUUCUUUUUAUUUGCAAUGUGGAUAAUCGAUAUGGCUAUGAGUACUAUGAUUCGUAUGAUUGGAGUUGGAACGAGAUCUUUUCAUGAAGCUACUGCAGUUGCUCCAGCUAUUAUUAUAUUAAAUGUUGUAUUUGCAGGCUUUAUUAUUCCUCGAAAUGAUAUUCCUGGUUGGUGGAUUUGGCUUUAUUGGUUGAGUGCUUUUAAUUAUAUUCUUGAUUCCGUCAUGAUCAAUCAAUAUGUGGGACUCAAGCUCUAUUGUUUGAGUAGCGAAUUUGUUCCUAAACUUCCUACCCCUUUUGAAUCCUAUGAAACAUGUCCUGUAAGUACUGGAGUUGCUUAUUUAAAGGAGCGUUAUGGUAUUUUUACUGCAGUUUAUUGGAAAUGGUUGGACAUUGUUAUUGUCGUUGGAUUUUAUUUGUUUUUCUUAUCUCUUUCCGCUUUGGCUUUAAUGUUUAUCCGAUUCUCUACCAAAGCUUUUAUUAGACCAGAAGGCUCCUCACCAUUGGAAGAAGAACGUCUUGAACAUUCUUUAAGAGUUAGUCAAAUAUCAUUACCACGUUUAGACUCCCAAAGCGUCUCCACAUCUCCUCAAGGCAAUGAUGAACAAGUUGUAGUCAACCCAAGAAUAGAACAAGAUGCUGUUGAUAUGUCUGUAUUGAACAAUGAAGUUGGUACAGAAGAAGAACAACAAGAUGCAAGAGUGGUAGAUAGACAAUCUACUGAAAGUAAUAGAGCGGAUAGUUCAGUAGCUAUGAGAAGUUUUGCAGCUCAUGAUAUUGGUUUUCGUCCAGUUUAUAUGACUUGGACCAACUUGAGCUAUUUUGUGAAGGUUUCAAGGAAGUAUGCUAAAGAAAAGACUGGUCAAGAUACCAACGAAUUGCAACUUCUACAUGAUGUCAAUGGAUACGCAGUUCCAGGUAGAAUGAUUGCGUUGGUUGGAGCAUCUGGAGCAGGAAAGACUACUUUAUUGGAUGUAUUGGCUCAAAGAAAGACACAAGGUCGCACUUUGGGACAAAUUUUACUGAAUAAGAAGCCUAUCGAUCGAUUCUAUCGAAGAAUUGCAGGUUAUGUGGAACAAUUUGAUAUACACAACGAAUACGCUACUGUAAGAGAAGCUUUAGAAUUUUCUGCCAUGUUGAGGCAACCACAUGAAGUAACGAGAGAAGAAAAGUUGUUAGCAGUAGAUAGAGUUUUGGAUAUUCUUCAAUUGAGAGAAGUGGAACAUCGUCUGGUUGGUUCAGCAACUUCCACAGAUGCUGGAGGUAUUUCAGCUGAAGCAAGGAAGAGGUUGACAAUUGGGGUGGAGUUGGUUAGUCGUAGUUCGGUUUUGUUUUUGGAUGAGCCAACUUCAGGUUUGGAUGCUCGUGCAGCUCUUGUAGUGAUGAAGACAGUUCGUAGAGUGGUUGAUACUGGGCGUACAGUCAUUUGUACUAUUCAUCAACCUUCGACUGAAAUAUUUGAAAUGUUUGAUGACUUGCUGUUAUUACAAAAGGGCGGUUAUACGGCAUACUUUGGUCCAUUGGGCCAUCAUUCCCAGACUAUGAUCGACUACUUUACAAGAAAAGGAGCUUCUCCUCCCAAGUCUGAAGAGAAUCCUGCUGAUUGGGUGUUAGAAACUAUCGGUGCAGGUAUUGGACGAGGAGGACCCAAAGAUUGGUCUUCAGUAUGGAGAAGUUCAUAUGAGAAUCGAAAAUUAUUGGCUCAGUUAGAAUUGCAGCCUGAGGAAGAAGAAGAAGAGAAGAGACAGGACGAUAACGAGAAGGAUCAUGAACAAUUGGAUUGGAGUCAUAUUCAACCCAUUGUUCCAUCGGAUGCUGAGCCUAUAGAGUUUGAACGCUAUAUGGCAUCUACUUCCAAAGACCAGUUGUAUCAAGUAAUCAAGAGAGCCUUUAUUGUAUAUUGGAGAAUGCCUUCUUACAACUUUGUUCGUAUAAUGAUGGCUAUAUUCAUGUCAUUAGUUAUUGGCUCAGCUUUCUAUAAAGAACCAGCUGAUCAAAAAGGAGCGGAAGUAGGAGUUGCAGCUAUUUUUAUGGGUGCUUUGUAUGGCAUUCUUCAACUCACUUCUGCCAUUCAUCCUAUAGAAGAUGAAAGAGAUGUCUUUUAUAGAGAAAUUUCUUCGGGAACUUAUCGUCCUUGGGUAUAUUGGGUUGCUAUUACAAUGGAUGAAAUACCGUAUGCUGUAUUUUCAGGAACAAUAUUUACUGUAUUCUUUUAUUUCUUGGUUGGUUUUCCGGGAAAUCGAUUUGGCCAAUUUUAUUUGGCUUUUGUGUUCUUUAUGUUGACGGCCAUCAGUAUUGGUCAGUGUAUCGCUAUAUUAGCGCCUAAUCAACAAGUAUCUCAAAUGGUGGCUCCUGUUAUCAAUUCAUUGAUGUUUGUAUUGGCGGGCUUUAUUAUUCCCAAGCCAUCUAUUCCUAAUUAUAUGAUAUGGUUAUAUUGGGCCAAUCCUUAUUCUUAUGCACUGGAAGCUUUGGCAGUUGAUAUUUUACAUGAUAAGAAAUACUAUUGUACAGCUUCUGAAUAUUCUGCAUUUCCCAAACCACCUGGUGUUAGUUGUAGUUCACUAGGUUACUCACCUGCACCUUCAGGAACAACGUGUACUGCAAGAAAUGGAACAACAUUUGAUACUUGUUGUCUAUUUUGUCAAAUAACAAGUGGGGAUGAUAUUAUGAGUGAAUAUGGUUUGAGUUAUCAUAUGUUGUGGAUUGAUAUUGGUGCUUUAGCCGCUUAUGUAAUUGGCUUUCGUCUCUUAGCGUUGAUUGGUAUUCAAUAUGUUCAUUAUAUCAAUCGUUGAAGAAACAGUCUCUUCUGUUUUGUCUCUUUAUGUAUAAAUUUGUUCAAGUUGACGCACAUGGUUCCUUCCUCCCCUGAACUUUUUCUUCCCAUUGAUAAUUGUUCCUUGUUGCAAUGAUAUAUUUUGUGACCAUAUUGUUGAGUCGAAGAAACCAAAAAAUACCACAACUAGCAAGAAUUAUAGAAGAAAAG